CCUCUCCCUUCCCCUUUCUUUUUUGUUCCCCUCUCUCGCGAAGAGAAAACCAUGGCUGAAGCCUCCAUGAUUUUCGAUCAUCUCCAACACUCCUAACAGUCGACCUGAUCCAUUUGUUCAUAACAAAACCCUACACAUUUCUUGUUACGAAAUCCCAGUCUUUUAACUCCCAACGAAACACAACCUGUUUGGGGGGGAUUUCAUAUCUGUUUGUCUAUUGCUUUUCCCCUAAGCCUUCGAAUUCCGUCGACUUUCCAGAGUUCCCUGUUUUCCAAUCAAGAAGGCCGUCUGUUUUCCUGGCGUAAGACAGAGUGCCCAGUUUGGUUCCUCUUGCUUUGUAGCUGAAUCUGUACUCAAAGUCUCAAUCUUUAUAGCGUCGUAUGCGUCCACAAUCUCUGAUGGUCUCAGAUACGUAUCCAAACAUUCUUCCCGAUAUCUCUAUGCGAUCAGUCCUUAAAAAUGAGGAUUUGGCCCAGUUGAUUAGGGAACAGCGGCUACAACAAGAGGCGGCGAGCGAGAGGGAGAAUGAGCUCAACAUUUACCGGAGUGGGUCUGCGCCUCCAACAGUCGACGGCUCUUUGAGCUCAAUCGGAGGCCUGUUGAGGAAGAAUGGGAAAGGUGGGUUCUUUAGUGAAGAGGAGUUGAGGUCUGAUCCAGCUUACGUUAAUUACUACUAUUCCAAUGCUAACGUGAAUCCAAGGUUGCCGCCUCCUCUGCUGUCAAAGGAGGACUGGAGAUUCGCUCAGAGGCUUCACGGUGGUACUCCGGCGAAUUCGGUGGUGGGUGAUAGAAGGAACGUUGGUAGAGGCGGUGGUAAUGAAGGGAACAGGUCACUCUUUGCGAUGCAGCCAGGGUUUGGAGGUGGCAAGGAAGAGAACGGGAUUGGAAAUGGCGGUGGAGUUGAGUGGGGAGUAGAUGGACUUAUUGGUUUGCCAGGGUUGGACCUUGGAAGUAGGCAAAAGAGCAUUGCUGAGAUGAUUCAGGAUGACUUGGGUCCCUCAAACCCUGUUUCAAGGCAUCCGUCACGUCCUGCUAGCCGUAACACAUUUGAUGUAGAUGUCGAAGCUUCUGAAUCACACUUUUCUCAACAUCAUGGUAUGGCAUCUCUUGAUGGUUUGCGGUCUAGCCCCAACCAACACGGCUUGCCAGCUGUAGGAUCUUCAUCUUCCCAGACUUAUGCUUCAGCUCUAGGUGCCUCCUUGUCACGGAGCACUACACCUGAUCCCCAGCUGAUAGCCAGGGCUCCUAGUCCCCGCAUUCCACCUAUUGGAGGAGGCAGAGUCAACUCUUUUGAUAAAAGAGAUAUGGGUGGUUCCAACUCAUUCAAUGGGGUUACGUCAAGCUUGGGCGAACCUGCUGACCUGGUAGCUGCCUUUUCUGGGCUGAAUAUGUCGAAUGGUAUGGCCGCUGAGUUACACCGGCCGAGAUCACAGACCUACCAACAUGAGAUUGAUGAUCGCCAUGACUUUUUCAAUUUGCACGGGGACCAAAAACAUAACAAGCAACAGUCGUAUUUGAACAAGCCUAUGGCAUCUGGUAACUCAUACCUUAAAGGACCAUCGACUCCACCUCUAAAUGGCAGGGGAAGCUCUCCUAAUCACCAAAGCCUAGAUAACUUGAAUUCCCCUUUUGCAAGCUAUGGUGCAAAUGGGUAUCCUGGAAGUCCGUCGUCUCCAUCUAUGAUGGGAGGUCAGCUAGGUAAUGGGACUUUGCCACCUUUAUUUGAGAAUGCUGCUGCUUCUGCCAUGGAAGGACUUGGGUUAGAUUCUAGAGCAUUGGGUGCUUUAGGACCUAAUCUAUUGGCUGCUGCAGCAGAACUACAAAACCUUGGUAGAGUUGGGAAUCAGGGUGCUGGGAAUUCCCUUCAAAUGCCUCAUGUGGACCCAUUGUAUCUACAGUAUAUGAGAUCCAAUGAGUAUGCUGCUGCCCAGAUUGCUGCUCUGAGUGAAUCAACAAUGGACAGGGACUACCUGGGUAAUUCAUACAUGGAUCUGGUUCAAAAAGCGUAUCUCGGGGCUCUGCUUACUUCUCCAAAGGCACAGUAUGGUGCUCCAUAUCUUGGAAAAUCUGGUAGCUUGAAUCACAAUUACUAUGGAAAUCCAUCAUAUGGUCUUGGCAUGUCCUACCCUGGAAGCCCAUUAGGCGGAGGCCUUCUUCCAAACUCUCCAAUUGGGUCAGGUAGCCCUGGAAGACACGGUGAAAGGUCUUUGCGUUUUCCAUCUGGAAUGAGGAAUCUGAGUGGAGGUGGCAUGGGAUCUUGGCACUCAGAAGCUGGUGGUAACUUGAAUGAAGGCUUCCCAUCCUCUUUACUAGACGAGUUCAAAAGCAACAAGACAAAAUGCUUUGAGCUCUCUGAAAUUGCUGGUCAUGUUGUUGAAUUCAGUGCUGAUCAGUACGGGAGUCGAUUCAUCCAACAGAAACUUGAGACUGCUACAACAGAUGAAAGAGACAUGGUCUUCAAUGAGAUUAUGCCCCAAGGCCUUUCAUUAAUGACUGAUGUGUUUGGUAACUAUGUAAUUCAGAAGUUUUUUGAGCACGGAUCUGCUCCUCAAGUGAGAGAACUGGCUGAGCAGCUGACUGGUCACGUGCUGACCCUUAGCCUUCAAAUGUAUGGCUGUCGAGUGAUCCAAAAGGCUAUCGAAGUUGUUGAGCUGGAUCAGCAAACCCAAAUGGUGAAAGAGCUUGAUGGUCAUAUCAUGCGAUGUGUGCGUGAUCAGAAUGGCAAUCAUGUCAUCCAAAAGUGUAUUGAAUGUGUGCCUGAAGAUGCAAUACAGUUCAUUAUUACGACAUUUUAUGAUCAAGUUGUUACACUAUCCACUCAUCCAUAUGGUUGCCGUGUGAUACAGGUUUGUGUAUUCUGUUUUACUUGUUUGUCUAUGUGUGAUAGAGUUCUGGAGCAUUGUAAUGAUCCAAAAACCCAACAAAUAAUGAUGGAUGAGAUCUUUCGAUCGGUUUGUAUGUUGGCGCAAGACCAGUAUGGGAAUUAUGUCGUACAGCAUGUGCUGGAGCAUGGGAAGCCUGAUGAACGCUCAGCCAUUAUAAAGAAGUUGACUGGGCAAAUAGUUCAGAUGAGCCAGCAGAAGUUCGCUUCCAAUGUUAUAGAGAAGUGUUUGACAUUUGGGACACUUGCUGAGCGCCAGGCAUUGGUUGAUGAGAUGCUUGGCACCACUGAUGAAAAUGAGCCUCUUCAGGCAAUGAUGAAAGAUCAGUUUGCAAAUUACGUUGUACAGAAAGUGCUUGAAACUUGUGAUGACCAACAACUUGAGUCGAUCCUCAACCGUAUAAAGGUGCACUUGAAUGCUCUGAAGAAGUAUACCUAUGGGAAGCAUAUAGUGGCACGUGUAGAGAAGCUCGUUGCAGCUGGAGAGAAGCGUAUCAGCAUCCUUACUCUGCAACCUGCUGCUGUUGCUACUUAGAUGGCAUAGGAGAAGUUGUACAGCUAACUGAGGAUAGUAUCAAGGCACCUCUCUCUUCCUUAGUUUCCGAGUUUUCCGCUUGCUAGUUAGAAUGGCCCUGUCCUAUUUAUGAGGACAGAUAGUGUGGCCAUGUGCAAAUAAACAAAUUGUUGGUUGUACUUAAGUAAGUACCCCUGUACAUUGUUAGUUGGAGAGUAUACCUAGAUUCAGGCUUUUCUAGCUUAAGGGCUCAGAAUCGCAACACUUGCCGAUGCUGUUACGUAGCAGUUGCAGAGAUGAGAUGAUAGAAGAGGGUGGGACUACUGAGCGAGAAGAAGUCCUCAUCGUUUGCGGGUGUAAAAAAAGGUACAAUGAGAUGGGUGAGGAUGUAGCGAGUUUGCAAUGUUUGACUGUACAAAGGUGUUUGCAGGCAGAGGGACAAAACCAACAAAGCCUUUUCUGUUUAAGGAGAGUCGGGGGAAUUUCAUAAUGUAAUGGAUAUUUCUUUGAUAUCUAAAUAAUCCUUUCCCUAUAACGAGUUUCCUCGAAUGGGGUUUGAUCAUCAGAUCAUGCGCCCUUACUAUGUCACAAAGUUCAGAACUUUAUACGAAUGAGCAUCAAAAUCUGUCAAUCAAGAGGGGCAGAAGGUGAUAACAUAACGAGGAGCAAUACAAGUUUUGAGCCCAGAAGCCUCAUCAAAAGCAAAGCUAUAAGCCCUAGGGCAAAUCGCCUUGAAGACAAUACCAAACACACUCGGCUUGCAAGCCUUCGGAUCAGCAAAUUCCCCUCUGCAGCAAUAGCUAUCACUUUUGGCAGCCAAACAAGCGCUCUUGCAACCCACCACUUUCCCCUGCCGCUCGAUGACCAGAACAGAAGGGCACACCGCAUUCAAAUCAGCCUCACAAGCAGCCACUCCACACUCCCUUCCCAGGCCAUUGAUUGGCACAACCGAGACCGGAACAUUGAAUCCGUCGAGCAGGCUGACAUCGUAGAAAUGUAAGGCCGAUGCAGAAGUUCCCAGGGUCAUCUCGACUAAGGUCGCUGGAGGGACACCGCCGAUGCCUCUGCACUCGAGCAUGCCAGAGCAGUCUCCGGUCUGGCAGUAGCCUUUCUUGGUGGAUUGAUCGAAACUGCAGCCUUGUCUCGGCCAGAUUCUGCCCGACCAGUGGCGGGGAACUUGGAAGGUAACUUGUUGGCCACGGCAGAGAUGGAAGCCGCCUUCUUUUGGGGUGCUGUGGCCCGCAUUGCCCAGGAUUCCUGGCCAUACGCUGUAGUUGCAGUUGUUCUGUAUUGUGAGUUCUGUUGUGGCGCCAUCUG